AUGUCGAAGACGCAUCCGGAGACCACGCCCACGGGUGGAGAGCAACGACGACGGGACCUAUCCGUCGCGCUGUUCGUGUGCGCCACCCCCGGGAGCUACAACGUCACCGUUUCGGUGGACGGAGUGGUGAUGCCCAUGUGCCCCCUCCAGAUCGACGUCGGACCCGGACCCGCUAGCGCGCACAAGAGCGAGGUGCAGGGGAAGGACAACCAGGUCGUCGAUUUAGGUGGCAUGGGGAAGUUUACCGUCGUGGCGCACGACGAGUUCGGGAAUCUUUGCCAUGAGGGUGGCAGUCGCUUGGGCGUGCGCGCCCUGGGCCACGUGAAGCUGCUCGAGGUCACCGACAACGAGGACGGGACCUAUCAGGUCGUGUACUCCGUGCCGGAGUGGGCGCAGGGACCAGUGAAGAUCGAGGUGCUGCUCGACGGCGUCCGCUUGAGAGACUCGCCGGUCGUCCCGCAGGCUGGGCUGCCUCUCUGCGGCGCGGCGGGCGCGUCGGCACGAGUCCCUGCGCACCUGCUCGUUCUGCUCCUGGUGGCUCCGCGUUCGGCGACGCGCCUGGAGAUGGCUGGGGUUGGAAAGGAAGGCGGCGGUGGAGCACGCUUGUGA